AUGGUGGAUUGCAUCGCCAGAGUUCCCGGCUGCAGCUGCGCGGAAAAUUGUAGCAGAUUUAUCGAUUGCGAAAAAGGACGAGGUGUCCGUGCCUCACGAAAUCUGCGCCAAGGUGAAUUCGUCUGCGUAUACGCUGGACGUAAAGUCGACCCGCGAGACGCUCUCACAACUAUGAUUAACCACUCCUGCGAGCCCAACAUGCGGGUUGUUCCCGUGCGAAUUGAAUCACCACGACCCACUCUGGCGUUGUUUACAACCCGUGAUAUUCUCGCGGGAGAGGAACUUACCUAUGACUAUGCCGAAAUGUCACACGAAGAAUGUGGACCACUAAACAAGAAAUGUCUGUGUGGAACCUCGAAGUGCAGAGGCUAUCUUCCACCAAAAGCAUAUCUUACCCGUUUGUAA